AAUGAGGCGAUCUGCGCAUGCGUCGUUGUCAGCUUCUCUCGCUAGCGGCGCUGAUCUGUUCACAACAGCACGUUUGAAAUAGUAAAAAAAUAAGUAAAAUACUGUUAGCAUUCCAUAACGUUUCUGAUUAUUAUACUAGAGCCUUCGACGUCGUUUAAAGAACAUGCCGAAAAAUAAAGGAAAGGGAGGAAAGAAUCGGCGACGUGGUAAGAAUGAGAAUGAAUCAGAGAAAAGGGAGCUGGUGUUUAAAGAGGAUGGACAAGAAUAUGCUCAGGUCAUCAAGAUGUUGGGAAAUGGGAGAUUGGAGGCCAUGUGUUUUGAUGGAGUCAAGCGGCUUUGUCACAUCCGAGGAAAGCUCCGGAAAAAGGUGUGGAUUAACACAUCAGACAUUAUUCUCAUUGGAUUAAGGGACUACCAGGAUAAUAAAGCGGAUGUCAUUUUGAAGUAUAAUGCUGAUGAGGCUCGGAGUCUGAAAGCCUAUGGAGAGCUUCCAGAACACGCCAAAAUCAACGAAACUGAUACCUUUGGGCCUGGUGAUGACGACGAGAUUCAGUUCGAUGAUAUUGGUGAUGACGAUGAGGACAUUGAUGAUAUCUAAGAGGAAAACGCUGGGAAGUGAAUGUUUCUCAACCCCGAAGCGACAACAUCCUCACAUCCCCCCUUGAAGUAGCCCCUCCAUCAUUAUGUACACGGAGGCUCAAGUUUUAGGAUUCUCUGACUAAACACAUGACUGCAUUUUCACCUUCAAUCCAUUUUGUUAUCUUUUAAUGUAUUUAUAUUGAUUUCACAUCAAGUGGAAUUUAGUUACAGUACGGAAUCUAUGGAUUCGCAAUAAAAAGAUAACCAAUUUUA